AUGUUCCGGCAAAUACUCGUCCAUCCGGAAGAUCGCCGCUUCCAGCGGAUACUCUGGCACUCAGGGGCUUCCGACAAGGUCCAAGAAUUCGAGCUGAACACCGUGACCUACGGGCUCGCCUGCGCUCCGUUCCUCGCCGUCCGCACACUUCGCCAAUUAGCAGCCGACGAAGAAGCGCGGGGCCCGAAGGGGGCAGCCGCUCUGCGCCGUGACUGUUACAUGGAUGAUGUAAUUACGGGAUCAGACACCUUGCGCGAUGCGGUCGCCUUGCAGACGGAACUCCGAGAGCUUUGCACGGCGGGCGGGUUUCCGCUGCGGAAAUGGGCCGCCAAUAGCGAGACAAUCCUGGAGGGAGUUCCUCCGGAUCAUCGACUCCAGCAGGCGCACCACUCCUGGGAGAACGAGGUGCACUCCACCUUAGGCCUGCGCUGGCAUCCCGCCAGUGACGAAUUCUCUUUCGCGAUCCGGCCUCGAGCCUCUGGGGGGUACACGAAGAGGCGCUGGCUGGGCACUGUCCACCAGGGCACGCAGAUCGAAAUCCACGGAUUCGCCGACGCGUCCGAGCGUGGUUUCGCGGCGGUCGUCUACCUUCGCGUGAAGAAUGCCGACGAGACGUCCAUUCACCUGCUGGCGGCUAAAAGCAAGGUCGCGCCAAUAAAACCCGUGACGCUCCCACGGCUAGAACUUUGCGCUGCAUCCUUGCUGACGGGUCUUGUACGGCACCUCCGGUCUUCACUCGACCUACCAUCGGCGCCCGUAUAUCUCUGGUCCGACUCCCGAGUCGUCCUUCACUGGAUCAAGGGCCACGCGUCUCGGUGGAAAACCUACGUGGCCAACCGAGUGUCACUGAUCCAGCAGCGGCUCCCCGAAGCUCAAUGGAGGCACGUGCCUGGCCAAGAGAAUCCCGCCGAUUGUGCGUCCAGAGGGAUCGCACCGAGGGACCUGUUGAACCACUCCCUCUGGUGGAAUGGCCCGGCCUGGCUGCUCAAGGGUCAGUCGCUAUGGCCGGACAGCCACGACCAGACAUCGAUGGAAAACGUUCCUGAAAAGAAAAUGACGGUAUUAGUCGCCACCAGCAAGGACAGACCGGAGCCGGAAAUCCUCCUCCAGUUCUCAACGCUGCAUAGACUCUUACGUGUCUCUGCCUGGUGCCUUCGUUGGCGCCGAACUCCUCGCUGUUCUCCCAGCACUGCACUGCUCCCGGACGAACUCGACUCCGCUCUACUCCGUUGGCUCAGGGUCGUCCAGGGAGUCCACUACCCUGCCGAGCUCGCCGCCGUGCGUGAGUCUCGCUCAAUGCCUCACGGCAGUCACCUGGCCAGGCUGCACCCCUUCAUCGACGACAAGGGAGUCCUGCGUGUCGGUGGUCGCCUGAAACACGCCAUACUGACCUUCGAUGAACGACACCCCAUGAUAGCACCGCCCACUUCAUGGCUCACUAAGCUCAUGGUGGAAUCCUGCCACCGCCGGACGCUGCAUGGAGGCACGCAGCUCACUCUGGGGCUCCUCCGCCUCCGCUUCUGGGUUCCGCAGGGUCGAGCCGUGGUCAAGCGGAUCCUGCACCGAUGCGUGACUUGCACCCGCUGGCGAGCCAUCACUCCGCAGCCUCUCAUGGGCGACCUCCCUCGAGAGCGAGUUACUCCUGCUCGUCCCUUCCUGAGAACGGGAGUCGAUUACGCUGGCCCGAUAUUCAUCCGUACAUCCAAAGGACGUGGACAUCGAGCGCAUAAGGCGUUCAUAGCUGUAUUCGUUUGCCUUUGUUCCAGAGCGAUCCACCUUGAAGUAGCGUCUGACUACUCCUCAGACGCUUUUCUCGCCGCCUUCCGCAGGUUCGUUUCCCGCCGUGGACUGUGCGAGGAAAUGUACUCAGACUGCGGGACGAACUUUAUCGGAGCAGACAGACAACUCCGAGAACUUUUCCGAGCAUCUUCUCCCGACGGCCGUCGAAUCUCUCAGGCAGUCACCAAAGAGGGUAUAUCCUGGCGCUUCAACCCGCCUAGCGCCCCGCACUUUGGAGGACUCUGGGAGGCGGCGGUGAAGUCGACGAAACAUCACCUGCGACGGGUGAUAGGAGAAGCUACGCUUACCUUCGAGGAGAUGAGUACUCUUCUGGCUCAAAUCGAAGCUUGUCUGAACUCUCGUCCGUUGCAGGCCUUAUCUGACGAUCCGGACGACCUGUCCGCACUGACUCCAGGACAUCUUCUUAUAGGCGCCCCUCUGCUGGCGAUUCCAGAGCCUUCAUCGGCCGAACGUUCACCAAGUAUGUUGUCGCGGUGGCAACUCCUCCAGCGAAUGCGCGACCACUUCUGGCAGCGAUGGUCCCAGGAGUACAUCCACGCCUUGGCACCCCGUCCAAAAUGGCUCAAGGCCGAGCUCGCUCCGGAGGUCGGAGCUUUGUGCCUCAUCCGCUCGGAGUCAACUCCACCUGCCCGAUGGCCUCUCGCGCGUAUCAUCCGGUUGCACCCAGGAAGCGACGGCACUGUCCGCGUGGUGACCGUCCGAACGUCCACUUCGGAACUCGUCCGGCCGAUUGUAAAGCUCGUCCUCCUGCCGGGAGUCAAGGAGGCCCACACGCCCGCGGACGGGUAG